ACACUUUAUUUUGCUAAUUACUUGUCAUUCUUGUCCAAAUGAAGCAUAUAAUAAUUUCGAUUAUGAGCGAUGGGCUUCUGGAAGGUAGGUGGGGAAUUUAGAUUAGGAUGGUGUAACUACUGACUAGGCUUAGGUUGGGAUAAGCAGCUUGACUAAUGACACUAUUAGGCAAACUUUGGCACAUGGGGUACUCAAUAGUACAAUACGAAGUUAUUCCCUAUUUAUCAAGUAAUUGUUAUGGGUAGUAUUAAUUGGUGUGGGCAUAGUUCGAUUCGGUUUGGAUUUGAAUUGAAUCAACAUGUACUGAUCAGAGCGGCAUCAAAAUGCACGAGUACAUUCGACAUUACUUGUUUAUUUUAUUUAUCAUUUUGAUUCAUUUAUAACAUUGUACUUAAGAGGAUUCGGUUUGAUUGAUACCUAAAGAAAAUACCAGUUUGUCGGUGGCUCCGUAGCGAUGAUGACGACCUUCACGCCGCGGUCCAGCAACGUUUUGCUCCAGUUAUCCUUCCUCACGGUUCACUACUGCGACCUAGGGUAGAUUGUAGUUUUCUUCCGCGAUGAAAAUAGAGAUUGCGUCUAACCAGUGCGAUUUUAGCCAAAAAAACAUAAGUGUAAUGGGAAUUUCUAUAAUAUUUUUGGGAUUUGUUUUUAAGAACUAAUGUGGGAAAAUCCGUGUUUCUUAUCAUAAAAAAGAUUAAAAGAAAAUAAUAUUAUUUUUUGACAAAUAAAAAGAAAACCAUGUAAAAAAACCAUGGUCCAUGAAACCGUACCGGAGACCGUAUAGGGAAAGUCAGCGGUAGGGUAUUUUAUGGUAAAAUCGUGGUUUAACAGUAGUUCAACCGUUAUACCGGUAAAUGUCGCAUAUCGGUUUAGCCUCCGAUACUGGUAUUUCGUGGUUGAACCGCCGGUACGGUACGGUUUAAUGUACACUAAAAAACAAAUAAAAAGAAAACAAUAAAGGAGUGUAGUUGAGAAAGCCCAAUUGUUUACUGUACGCCAAACCAAGCCCAACAUAGACAGACGAAAGUCAAUCCAAACUAACCUGCUCCACCAGACCACCAGGCCCGUUCUUUCAAUGGGCCCACAGAAAUCGGCGACGAAUGACGCCGACGAUAAAAUCCCUCUUCCUUCUCGUACGUUUGUUUUCCUGAUUGACGACGUUCUCAAAAUUCUGAAGCCUUCCCCAACAAAUUCAAUCCCCGACGAAAUCUUGCCGAUUCGUUUAGUAAUCGGCGGCCAAGAUUCAGGCAUCGCUCUGAAUCCAAUCGGAAUCGCGGGACCAUGCCGAAGAAGAUGGGGGUGAACAGCAAGGCCGAGGAGGCCAGGGCGCGGAAGAACGCGACGGAGAGCGAGAAGAAGCAGCGGGAGGCGCGGGAGAAGGAGGAGAAGUAUUGGAAGGAAGCGGAGGGCCCGAAGUCCCGCGCGGCCAAGAAGCGGGAGGAGGAAGAAGAGAAGCGCGCGGAGGCCGCGGCGCGCAAGGCGGAGGCGAAGCGGCUGGCGGAGCUGGAGGAGAAGGAGCUGGAGAAGUCGCUCAAGAAGGUGGACAAGAAGGCGACGCGUGUCUCGAUUCCGGUUCCCAAGGUGACGGAGGCGGAGCUGAGGAGGAGGAGGGAGCAGGAGCAGGCGGCGCUGGAGAAGAAGUCCGAAGAGGCGAAGAAGAAGCAGACGAGGACCGCGGAGGAGGAAGAGUACGAGAGGCUGGUGCUGGUCGAAAACACGAAUCGCGAUGAUUCGAUUAUUGAUGCGAGGACCGUGGAGGAUGCUAUUGCUCACUUGACUGUUGCGGAGAGCUUGCCCGUUGAUCGCCAUCCCGAGAGGAGACUCAAAGCUUCGUUUAAGGCUUUUGAAGAAGCUGAACUCCCAAAGCUGAAGGAAGAGAAGCCAGGACUAACUCACAAUCAAUACAAGGACAUGAUUUGGAAGAUGUGGAAGAAGUCUCCAGACAACCCUCUCAAUCAGAUUAACAGCGAGUGAGCCUCUGCCCUGGUCACAAAUCUAGAAGUGGGCAUGACUCCGUUUCAUUCUGGCUUUACUGCGGCAAGGAGCCUUCCUUCUUGUAUGUUGAAAGAAAGGUGCGAAAAGCUAGCGGUAUAGCUGAAAUGAUGGUGAGGGGAGGAUCUGCUUAUGUGGUUAAGUAACUGAUGUAUGGUGUAAAUGGCAUUUGCAUAAUAAAACUGCUGCUGAGGACAGUAGAGUGGUGUUCUUCAGUUCUUGGUUAGAAAUUUCAGAAUGUGAUUGAAUCUUUUGACCUAUGCUGAGUGUUCAUUGUUACUAGUUCCUAGCUAUAAUGUUGCAGCCCUUCAAUAAAAUGGGAUGGUGGUGGGGGAAGCUUUUGCUGUGUCAGUGUGUACUGGGAAACAAAAUGGUGGUUGUGUAACCAGUCUUCUUCUUCGUCUUCAUCCCAGAACAAUAAAUUUCUCCCCUAUCCUUUCUGCAGGAGGCUCAAUUCGACUGCUGGUCUAAAACUGAUGGUCAGUUUUCUGGUUUUAAUGGAGGAUUGAAACAGGUAGGAAUUCACCGGACGAAAUUAAUUUCAGUAUCAUUGGACUAGAAGUCUGUAUCUGUUGGUUGAAUUAUCGUUUAAGAUUUCUAAAUGAUCCUUCCGGGUUUAAGGGUUAAUUAAUCAAUAGCCAUAGCUUUG